AUGAUGCUAUUGAGACCAUCUAUGUGCCGGAUAUUGGUGAUAAACAUUAAGACUACGGUGGUAAAGAAGGUGCUCUUUGGACUCUCCAAAGGUGAACAGUCUGAUGAUUCUGAACCCUUAACUGGCGGCGACAAUGCAGUGCGACUGAGCGCCUCUGAGUCCGCGGCGGCGCUGCGGGGCACCCGGGCGGCCACGUGGGCUGCGGCGGACCCGCGGCGCCGGGAGGUGCGGCUGUCGGGCCGGGCGGGCGGGCGCGGCGGCGAGGGCGACGGGCGCAUCCACGUGGGAAACCUUCCGACUGACGUGCGCGAGAAGGACCUGGAGGACUUGUUCUACAAGUACGGCUGCAUCCGCGAGAUCGAGCUCAAGAACCGGCACUACCGCGUGCCCUUCGCCUUCGUGCGUUUGGAGGACCCCCGAGAUGCUGAAGAUGCAGCUUAUGGAAGGAAUGGUUACGAUUAUGGCCAGUGUUGGCUUCGUGUGGAGUUCCCCAGGACUCGCGGAGGUCGGGGUGGGUGGCCCCCUGGUGGGAGGAAUGGGCCUCCUACGAGAAGCUCGGAUUUCCGAGUUAUUGUUUCAGGACUUCCUCCAUCAGGCAGCUGGCAGGACCUGAAGGAUCACAUGCGAGAGGCUGGGGAUGUUUGUUACGCAGAUGCGCAGAAGGAUGGAAUGGGGAUGGUUGAAUGUCUCAGAAAAGAAGACAUGGAAUAUGCCCUGCAUAAACUGGAUGACACCAAAUUCCGCUCUCAUGAGGGUGAAACUUCCUACAUCCGAGUUUAUCCUGAGAGAGGCACCAGCUAUGGGUACUCCAGAUCUCGAUCUGGGUCAAGGGGCCGUGACUCUCCAUACCAAAGCAGGGGUUCCCCACACUACUUCUCCCCUUUCAGGCCCCACUGAGACAGUGAUGGAAAUUUUUUCUUUAUUUUUUAGUGUGAACUGAGCUCCUUUGUGCUCAGAAUCUACAUUCCAGAUUGAUAAUUUAGUGUUUUAGGAAAUUUUUUUUAAUUUUUUUUUUAAAGGAAAAAUACCUACAUAAUUUCUACCAGGGCCAUGGUAGCAGUGAAACAUGUUAAACUGCUAAAAUUGUGGUUUUGGUUCAGAAACAAGUUGUAUAUUUUUCAGCCCUGAUUAUGGGAAAAAAAUCAGUGCUGUCUGUGUCUUUGUGGGUUGCUCUGCUAUGGAGAUUAGCAGAAACUGUGACUGAGUCGUCCCAUUCUGUUUAGAAAUAUAUUUUAAACGUUUAGUAACUGAUAUGUGUGGUUGUCCUUGAUUAAGUUCACAGAUUUCACCAAACAGACACAAUGAUUUAAAAAAAAAAAUGAAGUUGUAGUAGAAACUCAUACCCAGUUAGUGUGGAGCAGAAGUGGAUAACUUUAUUCUGGGAGAAAGAUACUUGGUCUGAUGGUGGU